AUGGUAAGCAUUCUGUCUCACUGUCAUGAUGGAGCAGCUGGAGGACACUAUGGUGGAAAUCGCACUACAGCAAAGGUCAUGGAAUUCAGUUUCUUUUGGACUACUUUGUACAAAGACACACGAGCGUAUGUAGCUGCAUGUGAAAAUUGUCAAAGGUUUGCUGCACUACUGUCCAAGUAUAGGCUCACACAUAAAACAGGAACCCCGUACCAUGCCCAAACUAGUGGGAAAGUCGAAGUGUCUAACUGUGAACUUAAACGAAUUCUUGAAAAGAAGGUUGAUGCUUCUUGUAAGGAUUUGGUCUGUAACGUUGGAAGAAGCUCUAUGGGCGUAGAGAACUGCGUUCAAAACAAUCAUAGGGACUUCACCGUUCAAACUAGUGUAUGGAAAAUCAUGUCAUCUGCCUGUGAACACAGGUUGGCUCAGAUGAAUGCAUUGAAGGAGUUUAGAUUGGACGCGUGUGAAAAUGCGCAGAUUUUCAAGGAAAAGACUAAAAGGUGGCAUGAUCGCCUAAUUAAGCCAAAGGAGUUUCAUGAAUGGGACAAAGUCUUACUGUACAAUAGUAGACUCAGAUUGUUCCUCGGAAAAUUCAAGUCUAGAUGGACGGGACCGUAUGUGGUGAAACAUGUAUCACCAUAUGGGGCAAUUGAGAUUCAGAACAUGGACGGAACAGAGAGUUUCAAAGUGAAUGGGCACAGGCUAAAACCGUAUCUUGCUGGAGGAUUUUCUCAGCAAUCCUUGAGCAUCAAAAUCAAUUGA